AUGUCUGCGCCGGCCGUCAUCAUGCCUCAUCCCCCACACAGGCCCUGGGGCCAAUCUCACAACAAACCACUGACCCCAGCCCUCGAUCAGCAGAACCGCCAUCCUUACAACAGCCAAGGCUACCUGCCAAACGGUGCGACCGGUGGCCACCCGACCAUGCCAGCCCCAGGCGCCACCCCUCUCCUACCAAACCAGGGACGAGUCAUCCAGACAGGUCCCAUCCGAGUUCUUUGCAUCGCUGACGUCCGAGGUAAUCUGCGAUCUCUGAACGAUCUUGCGAAGCAAGCCCGUGCAGACCACAUCAUUCAUACUGGAGACUUUGGUUUCUACGAUGACACCUCGCUGGAGCGGAUUGCUGAGAAGACCUUGAAGCAUGUCGCCCAGUACUCUCCCUUAAUCUCGGAGCCGGUCAAGAAGGCCAUCCAGCAGGGUGGUGCUGGCCCCGUCAAAGCUAGAUUCCCACCGAAUGAACUUCCCUUGUCAGAGCUCCCACUGCUCAUCAGCGGUGAUGUGAAGCUCGAUAUACCUGUCUACACAGUGUGGGGAGCUUGCGAGGAUGUGCGAGUACUGGAGAAAUUCCGUUCCGGAGAGUACAAAGUGCCGAACCUCCACAUCAUCGAUGAGGCGCGAUCGAUGCUGCUCGAGAUUGGCGGCGUGAAGCUGCGUCUGCUCGGUCUCGGCGGCGCUGUGGUUAUGCACAAGCUCUUCGACAACGGCGAGGGUAGGACCACCAUCGCUGGUGGCCAAGGUACCAUGUGGACCACCCUAUUGCAGAUGGGCGAGCUGGUAGAUACGGCGAACCGCGUCUACGACCCUACCGAAACCCGAGUGUUCGUCACCCAUGCCUCACCAGCGCGUGAAGGAAUCCUCAAUCAGCUCUCCGUCACCCUGAAGGCCGACUUCUCCAUCUCUGCUGGUCUACACUUCCGCUAUGGCAGCUCUUACAAUGAGUUUAGCGUAAACCCCACCCUCGACCACUAUCGCGGAAAGUUGGCUGCCAGCAAGGCCUCCUUCAAUGACGUUUGGGAGACUGUCAAGAAUGAGGUUGAGCCGGCUAUCUCACAGAACGAGGCGCAACAAAACCUACUAAAGAACGCGAUCGGCAUCGUAGAAAAGAUGCCUACCACUGCUGCUGGUGGUAAUCCCUUUGGCGGCGGUGCUGCACCUGCAGCGCUCGGCCAAGUGGAUGAGAGUGCGUUCAAGAACAUGUGGAACUUUAACCUCGCGGAUGCGGCCUUUGGAUGGCUCGUACUGGAAAUCCAGGACGGUCGCAUUGGCACAGAGAUGCGAGCCCAGGGUUUCAACUUCUCGCACCGUGGUGCGAAGCAGGCCGGCAAUGCCCAAGCUCCCUCAACUACCUCAGCUGGCCCCCUGCCUGCUGCAGCUCCACCUGCUACGCAGACUGCUCCAUCAAGCGCCCCCGUGCCGCAGCGUCAACCGUCUCAGCAGCCUUCCAAGCCAACUGGCACUACCCCAAUUCCCCAAGCUGCUACUCCCAGCCAAGCGAAGCCGGCUACUCCUGCGCCUACGUCCUCGACACCUGCACCCAAAGAAGACAAGCCGGCGGCGCCCAAUGGAACAGCAAAUGGACUGGACUCUGCCUCAUCUCCUGCCCCUAGAACCAAUGCCAGUGAUAUCAUUGGCCUGUUCGUCAUGAAUGCAACUUCGGAUGACCAGAUCAGAGAGAUCUUCGCUGAGGAGGACAGGUCUAAGAUCACCAAGGUUGAGAAGUGGGGCCAGUUGAACAAGGUGGUUCAGUUCAAGACCACGGAGGACCGUGACGGUGCCAUGGACCGACUCUCCGAUGAGUUCAAAUCCCGAUCCCAGGAGGACCGAUCGAAGCCUCUUGUCAAGAUCUUCCAGCCUCGUGAGACCAAGGCUUUCCCUCCGAGAACGGGAGGUGCUGGCAACUGGGGUAGCAGCACCCGUGGAGGUGCCAACUCUAGCACACCGCGCAGUGGAUAUCAGAGCGCCGGCGGCGGAACAGCUUCCGAUAGCGAAGGUGCUGGACGACGUGGUGGCCGAGGAGGAUCCCGUGGCGGACGUGGUGGUGACCGCGGUGGCAGGGGCCGUGGCCGUGGUGGCCUGAAGGGCGAGGGUGGCAGUGGAUCUCCAGCGCCGUCAUCAGCGACACCUGCCGAGUAG